GACAAUAACAACAUUUGGCCACGAGUCACCAAACCCAUUCGUUCACGUAUAAUCACAGGAAUAGAGCACCCAUCCACCUCCCCCCCUCUCGUGCUGCGGGAAUGGUUCAAUCCGCUGAGAGUGAGAAAGACGGGGAGCACAAAGGAAGCAGCGCGCAUACUGUUCGUUUAGGAGGGAGAUAAUUGGGUGCGUGAUGUAAACAUGGAAUUAAAAAAACCGUAAGAGUGCAUUUAUUUUUCACAAUGCGCUGAUCCAUUAUCGGUGUUUAAUAUUACAUGAGGCUCUGGCUAUGAACCACGUAUCUGUCUGGACAAGGGAAGACAGGCAGCAAGUGAGAAAUUGAAGCCAAGAGUGGAGGAGAGGAAAGAGGAGUUGAGCAUUCUUUCAUCUUCGCUUCAGGGUUUUAUCUGGAGUUUCUCGCUGGCUUUGGACCGAACCCGCUUCAUUAAGACGUGAUGUCGGGUUUUUAAGCUGACCACACCGUCAAGAACAGAUUUCUUCUUCUUCUUCUUUUCACAUGCUUCCCCCCUUUUGAAUAUAGAAUGACAAAAGGAAAACACGCCAAUAUGUUGCAUUUCUGAGUGUGCAUAACUGGAUUGGACAGAAUGUAAACACGAGGAGCACAAUUGAUCGGAAGGGUCGAUGGAAGUCACACACGUCUCCGUGGGUGAGGCCCACUGAUCCAGAAAUUCCUUCAAACCCCCUCAAUCCCUUCCCCCUACCCUCUUCUCUCCUUUAGACCCCGUCGCCUCCACUUUAUCCACCAUGACUUCCACAAGCCAGCUGUUUGGCUUGGCUGAGGUGGGGCUGAGGUGUGACCAGGAGAUUGAGAGGAGAUAUGAGAUUGUGCCCUCUGUGGUCUGCUCCAUGUGCUGCCUCUUUGGAAUCAUCUAUUGCUUCUUUGGCUAUCGAUGCUUCAAGGCCGUGUUGUUUCUAACAGGCCUAAUGUUUGGCUCUGUGGUCAUCUUCAUGCUAUGCUAUAAGGAGAGGGUGAUGGACACUCAGCUGAGUGUGGAGGCAUCCGUGGGCAUCGGCCUGGGCAUCGGGACCCUGUGUGGUCUGGUGACGAUGCUGGUUCGCAGUGUGGGGCUGUUUAUGGUGGGCCUGCUGCUGGGCCUGCUGGUUGGAGUUGCAUCACUGGUGGUCAUGGAGGAGUUCUACCACCCCAGAACAGUGUGGGUUCCUCUGGGUAUUCUCUUGGGUUCUGGGACACUAUUUGCUGUCCUCACACUACAGUGGCAGCGCUGCUUUGUCACCCUCUCCACUGCCACAUUUGGCUCUGCCAUCAUAACCGUAACCGUGGAUUAUUUUAUAGAGCUGUUCGCUUUGGUACACUACGUUUAUGAGAGACUCAAGGUGGAUCCCAAGAAGCCAGUGUGCUGGUUUACUUGGGUGAUCAUGGGGGUGUGGCCUGUCCUGGCACUCCUCGGAGUGCUGAUUCAGUGGAAAGUCACUGCAGAGGGAUUUUCUCACACAGAGGUGGUUUUAAGUCGACAGCAGCGAAAGGUGCAGCUCAUGCGGAUUCGACAGAGAGAAGAGAGGCUGAAAAAGGAGAAGGAAAACAAAAAGAAGAAAAAGAGACAGAGCCAGAAAGCAGGGCACAAGCAAAAGACUCAUUCCCAUCACAACCACCAGCAGUACCACCACCCAGCAGCAUCUCACCCUCAUCACCAAACUCAGAGCUCUCAGCCUCCUAAAGUCCCUCCUCCUCCUCCUCAGACUGAGCCUGGCUACCACCGCAAAGCCAACUCCAAAAGGCGCUUUGAUGGAGAUGUGCUGUCUCCGAGUUACAUCAGGAGUUUCAGGGACAGACAGACAGACAGACGGGCGUACUCCCACAGUAGAAUGAUGAGCCGGUCUCGGAUGGCUGAACUUGACUAUGACUGCGGUUCUCAGGUGCCCCUUACAGCACCCAGUGGACCCCCAGUUCGCAUCUGAGGCAGUUAAUUGCACAGAUCCACACACACACAUGUGCACCAUCACAGGCUACUUCAAGACUCACUGAUAAGGAUAAGAAACCUAACCUAACCUAACCGUGCCAACCCAAUCAACUGCCUAUUAAGCCAACAGGAGCUCAAAAUGCUCCAGAGGUGGUGUGACCCACACUGCUAUUCUCCUGUCAGACCCACUGAAGUAUUUAUUUGGUCUGUUUUUUCCUUUUAAUGUCUAAAAACAGUGAUUUUCUUUGUCGGAAGUGUGAGUCAUCAUAUGUUAUAUUUGGCUUCUCUGUAAUUGUACUUACAUGGAAAACACUGGAAACAAGUGAAACGCUCUUAUGCAUAGUUAAUUAAACUGUCUCUGUUGAACAUUUGAUACGAAGAUUUAUACUGGUUGGUUCAAGCCAUACAAUGUCAUUUCUAGUGGGGAAGAAAAAUCACUCCACAGGAGCCCCACAUCAUGUUAGAAAAAAAUUGCAUUAAAAAAAUAGCCUUUCAUCAAGUUAAAGUAAAAGAACACUUUACUCCAAAGGUAAUUAAAGGAUUAAACAUUUUGACUUAAGGAAGCAUCUGCUGUGAAAAAUGACUGAAAAGCAACAUAAAAAAAUCACAGCAAACACUGAAACUCAAAGGGAGCUCUUCUCAUUUAAAAGGUCAUUCAUGAAGUCUUUUUUUUAUCUUCACUGACAGCUUGUAAAUUCAAACGUGGCAGCGCAAGGCCUGUACUGCUUCAACAUGCAGAAAGAGACAAGUUUAGGUGUGAAUUGGAUUAAACGGUUUACACCAAAGACAAUGUUUGUGUUAUUUCUGUUGUCAAUUAAGUGUCAUUCCCUGCGCUGUUGUGAUUUUCAAGGAGACUGCUUUUACAUCUCACCACUUUCCUUGUAUCCUCUAUUCUAUUGUCAGCCAUUCCAACUACAGACCUGAACAGGAUACUCAUCUGUCUGCUCUUCUUUCCUCUCUCCAUUAAACAUUUCUGUAAGCGAUGUGAUUUUAUUUAUUAACAGUGCUCUUGUGUCCCUUUUUGCUCUUUUCCACAAAGCUUCUGUUAAAGACAAAUAGCUGCUGUCCGAUAUUAAUCAUUCUGGAAUUUGAUUGAUGUAAUGAAGUCUGAGAAUAAUAGGCAACAGUAAAAAUGUUAAAAAAUAGUGUAUUUUUGUGUGUUUGAGUGGACACAUGAGCCCUCUGGCAAUUGAUGGAACAUACCAAAUACUGGCCAAGGAGAGGGGGGGGGG